UUUAUUUCUAAACUGGCCCAAAAGGUAAAAGAAUACGGCUUGCCUAUCCGUCCGUUUGCCUCUUCCUCUUCGUUCGCCUCUUCCAGCAACGCCGGCGGCGACCAGAGGAGCCAGCGGGUCCUUGCCGACGGCGUAGAUCCGCCCCGGCUCUACCGGACUCUUCGCGGAUUUGCAGAGCACUCCUCAUCAUGUCUUGGGCGGCAAUCGAGAAUGAUCCUGGUGUUUUUACCGAACUGUUGCAACAUAUGCAGUUGAAGGGUCUCCAAGUCGAUGAACUCUACUCGCUUGAUCUGGAUGCCCUCAAUGAUCUUCAGCCAAUUUAUGGGCUUAUAAUUCUGUACAAAUGGCGACCUCCAGAGAAAGAUGAGCGCCCUGUCAUCAAGGAUUCAGUUCCAAAUCUGUUCUUUGCCAAUCAGAUAAUUAACAAUGCAUGUGCAACCCAAGGUAUCGUUUCUGUUCUAUUGAACUCUUCUGGCAUCACCCUGAGUGAUGACCUCAGAAAGCUGAAGGAGUUCGCAAAGGACUUGCCACCAGAGCUCAAAGGAUUGGCUAUAGUAAAUUGUGAAAGCAUCCGUAUGACAAGUAACUCAUUUGCAAGGUCAGAAGACCCCGAGGAACAGAAAUCGUCUAGCAAGGAUGAUGAUGUCUACCAUUUCAUUAGCUAUGUUCCUGUUGAUGGUGUCGUGUAUGAGCUUGAUGGACUAAAAGAAGGACCUACUAGCCUGGGAAAGUGCCCAGGUGGUAUUGGUGAGAUGGGGUGGCUGAAGAUGGUGCAGCCUGUCAUUCAGGAACACAUUGAUAAGUUUUCUCAGAAUGAGAUCAGGUUCAGUGUCAUGGCUAUCACAAAGAACCGGAAGGAUAUGUACAUGGUAGAGCUCAAGGAACUUCAGAGGAAGAGGGAGAACCUCUUGUCACAAAUGGGCGAUCCUUCUGCCAAUCGCCAAAGGCCAUCUGUUGAGCGGUCACUUGCAGAGGUUGCUGCUCAGAUUGAGGCUGUGAGCGAGAAGAUCAUAAUGGAGGAAGAGAAGUCAAAGAAGUGGAAGACAGAGAACAUUAGGAGAAAGCACAACUACGUGCCUUUCUUGUUCAAUUUCCUUAAGAUCCUUGAGGAGAAGCAGCAGCUGAAGCCCCUGAUAGAGAAGGCAAAGCGGAAUUCUCACAGCCGUAACCCCAAGUGAAAUCUGCAUUGUAAAAUUUUACCGUUCUGAUUGUUUCAUUGUCUUGUAGAGAUGACCCUGACUUGCUUUGUGUUCUUAUGGCUGACUGACUGGCUUUGUUUUCUCACCUAAUAUGCUAGUAGCUCCAGUCUUAGAUAGGGCAUGCAUUUUACAGUCCUAGUAUAUUCAGGCAAAUCAUGUAGAGGAGCACCGUGACUUUAUCAGAAUUAUAUGCGCAUUUAAGGAUUGUUUCCUUGUU